AAACAAAGUUGUUUGCGCGCGCAAAUCGACAAUCGCCAGUGUUUUCGUUCGAUCCCGGAUUAACUAGUGCGCAGUGCGUGUCGUUCCGGAAGUUUUUCGCGUUCGCGGCCGUUUAUUAGUGAUUACGAUAAAUUUAAAUUUCACGGUUUUGCGUGUUAUUGUGUAUUGAAGUGUUCCUAGUGCAGAACUGAUAAGAACAAACGUGAAAAAUGUCGAUUUUACUAGCGGAUAUCGAUGCGACGUGUUCGGCACUGGGGUGGGAUGAUGGAUGCAAAUAUCAUAUGGAACCGGAUGCCAUCAUGGGUCUGAAGCAUCUGAUCUGGAUAUUGAAACGGGACAGCGACGAUCACGAAUAUCGCCGGUACAUUGGCCAGAAGAAGGUGAUGCAAACCGAUCUGAUUCCGAUGCUGAUGAGCAACUUCGACAAUCCGGACGUGGCCGACGUUUUGCUACGUUUGAUUGUGAAUUUGACCUACCCGACCCUGCUGCUCUACCAGGGCACUCAGCCGAAGGAUGCAGUUGGUCGGAGGAACUAUCUGCAUCUGGUGGAAAUUCUCCAGGGCUACAAGGAAGCGUUUGCCGUUCAGCAGGCUUGGGCUGCCCUCGGGGAUCGGCUGCAGAAAGUGCUACAAGUGGAUUGGGCAGAACGAAUCGAAGAGCAAGAGUUAAUAAUCGAACGGAUUCUCACUCUUACGCGAAACGUUCUAAAUGUCCCAUCGAACAUGGACAUGGAGAAGCGCUUCGACAACGAUGCCAGUUUACACGAUCAGGUCUUGUGGGCAUUACACGAGGCGGGUGUCCUCGACUUGAUCCUAUACAUUCUGGGGUCGGAACACGAACACCAGUAUCAUCUACAUGCUCUGGAAAUAACUUGCCUAGCAUAUCGGGAGCAAUCGGCCACCAGUUUGGCGGAUGCUUCGUAUCAGAGAAGCGCCACUGAAAAGCAUCGUGAUGAAUUGGAACUGCUGGCGGCCAGGAAACGGGAAAAGGCCAAACAGCUCAGCAGGAUUCCGGCUGCGCGGCAUUCGCGUUUCGGCGGAACUUACGUUAUUCAGAACAUGAAAUCGAUCUCGGACAAUGAUCUGAUCUGCCAUCAAUCGCUGCAAAAGGCCCUGCAGAUGGAGUUUGACACGGACAAAAAGCGGGUGAAGAAAAGCUUUCGAAAUGUGCGCGAAACGGGAACUAUCGAGCGGAAAAGUGCAUUUUCGGUGCGGUUGUUCUUGCGUGAAUAUUGUAUCGAAGUGCUUCGGUCGUCUUACAACAAUUUGGUGCGUCAAGUGCGUAAGAUUUUGGAGAGAAAUGCUCACGGUCAGGAGGCCAGCGGCGGACACGACGAUUCGUAUUUGCUGUGGGCCAUUCGCUUCUUUAUGGAAUUCAACAGGGCGAGUGGAUUUAAGGUGGAGCUAGUGAGCGAAUCUCUCAGCGUACCAUGCUUCCAUUGGAUCAUAACCCGGAUAGAACACUUCGUUGACAUGAUGGGUUCGGAUAAAACCCGCGCUCGUCUUUGGGCUAGGCGUCUCCAUGUGGCUGUGCAGGCUUACCGUGAGAUGCUGCACAGUCUGCAGGCGCUGCAAAAGCUGCCAGACGAGAAAGCCAAAGACCUCUUUCUGAUGCUGCAGAACAAUAUCUUCUACGUGCUGGAAUAUCGGGAGGUUGUGCUGCACUUGCUGAUAAACUACAAAGAAACUAACAGCACACGAGCUUACUUACGUGAUGUGGUGGAGACGGCCCAUAUGUUCUUCAAGAUGCUGGAAAAGUAUUGCCAGGGGACUGUGCGUGUCCAGAGUAAGAAGCGCGCCAAGCAGAAGCGCAACAAAAACCGCCAGGACAAUGCCGGCUCACGAAAGGAUCCGGAGCUAAAUGCGGACGAACUGGAAGAGCUGUGGUUAACAAUGGCUGGCGAAGUUUCGACAUGUCUGGCUAAUCAGAUUACGCUUCCCGAGGAAGAUCAUCCCAUUCCUUUCGACGCGGCUUCGGACGUCCCCAUCGAUGAUCAGAAAGGAGACUGCAUGAUAAGGAUUCAUUCCUUGCUACGUGACGGCAAAUACGAACAUGCAAUUAUUUUAAUGCGAUCCGCCAGGGAAGUUUGGCCCAAGGAUGAUUGUUUUGGAUCGUUGGCGUCCGCACCGGAAGAUGAAUUAAUGCUGCUGAAGGAAAUUUUCUUGGCAAAUCUUCCACGGGUGGCAGAAAAACAACUUUCCAUAGAGAAUGAGUUCAUUGAUCAGAACGAGGCCGAUGAUUACGACGACGAAGAAGAGGACGAAGAAGAGGACAAUCAUAUGACUGAAAUUGAUUUUCGUUUCGAAGAUUUCGCCAAAAGAUUGCUGAAUCCGAAAGUUGUACACGCCUGCAUUCUGGUUCUAUCCGAUUGGGAAGAGAUCUCCGUGGAAUCCCUCAAAGCUACCGUUACCAUUCUGCAUCGCAUUGCAGUUGGAUCCAAAAUGCCAGCUUUGCUGUUUCAAGCGUCGCUGUUCCGGAUCUUCCAACGUGUAUUCCACGCCCCCAAGGAUGCUCAUCACGAGGAGCUUCGCCGACUCGGUGUUUAUAUCGUUCGACAGUUUACCGCACUGGCACCGAAUAAUCCGAAAAUCUACGCUGAACUGCUGUUCUACAAAUCGAUUAAGGAAGCGAACGGAAUCGAAAUGGGAUACGAGGAUAUCUACGGGAACAACGUCGGCACCGGCGGACGAAUGAAAGGUGCAUGGAACGAGGAGCAGGAGGAAGAGCUUCGGCGACUGUUCAUGGAAAAUCAAGAAAAUCCCGAAAGCGAUCAAGACGUUAUCGACUGGAUAUUGGACAACUUGAUUGACAAGUCGCGCACCCGGCGAGCCGUUAUUAAAAAACUUAAAGAACUCGGACUGAUAUUCAAGGCGCCAACGAAGAAAAGCAACGCCGCUGCCAGCAAUAAGCACCUCUGGACCAACGAGCAAGAUGAAAAGCUGAAACAACUAUACGAUGAGCACCGUAUGAACGAAAAUGUACUGGCAAUCAUCACCGGGGAGUUUGACGGAACGCGCUCCAAACAGUCUAUAGUCAAGCGGAUGCUUUCGCUGGGACUCAUUGCCGACAAGUCCGAGGUGAAACCUCCCAGAAAAUCUCGCUCGAAGAAAAAGCCUGCCGAAGGUGGGGAUCCGAUGAGCAGUGAUGGUGGUUUAACAUCCGAUUCUGAUGACGACGUAGACGUUAAUCGUCUAACAAGACCGACAAACUCAAUUUCCUCAAAAGCUAAAGCCAAACGAAAACCGCCUGCAGCAUCGUCGUUGAACUUCCGUCGACUUCGAACGAUCAUGUCGGAAAUCGAAGAAUCCAUGAAGGAAGCAAUUGAAUGGCUUAUGGAGUCGUUUACCGAAGCUUGUGCUGACUACGAGGAGGACUCCGAGGAUCCAGACGACGGAGUGCCAGUGGUUCCGGUUAUGCAAGCACAGCGAGAAGCUUUAGAAAAUCCGCAGUUUAAGGAGCUUCUCAAAGAAUUGGGCUUGGAAGCACCCGCUGAAAACGAAGCAUACUGGCGCAUUCCGAUAUCGAUGAAACCUGACGAUUUGCGACUUCGCGUAGGAGUCCUGAAAGGUGAGCAUCAAUCAGCCGAAGAUGAAGCUGAAGAUGGGUCUCAGCCUUUGGCAAUAGAAAAUGUUGGCCACCCUUCGGACGAUGAGGACGACACAGAAGUAUCGGAUGAAAUUUUCAGCGCGUGGCGUAACAAGACAAACAUUUUGUACAGCAAGAGUGACGACGAGAGUGAGAUUCGCGAACCACUCAAGCCCAAGGCGACCAAGAAGAGCGCCAAAAAGCCAAAAGAACCGAAGCAAAGGAAGAAGAAAUCCACCAAGUUCGAUCUCAACGAGUUGGAAAAGCAAAGUGGUGAUGAGGCACUAAUGGAAACUACUUCAAGGCUUAGCGAUGGUGAACUGGACAGUCUGGAUGAUUUCCCUAGCCAUCGAUCACUAGUGGUGACAAGUGACGAAGAUGAAACCAACGAAACCCUCACAGAAAAUACCACCAGUCGGCCAAAGAAGAAGAAAUCCAAAAUCGUGUUGAACUCUGAUUCGGAACCGGAAUCGGAUAGCGAGCAGGUCCGGCUUGUCGUUUCUGAGGACGAAGACGAGCGUAGUAACGAUGGUAGCGCCACUUCCCUAGGAAUUAAGCGAAGCCGACCCGUAACUUCCGACGUAUCGGACGAAGAAGACAGUGGGACGGCGAAGAAGACCAAACGUAGGGCGAUUAUCAGCGAUGACGAAGAAGACUGAUUCUUUCAAACAACUUAAAACAAACGUCAAGUUAGAAUGUAAUUUUCUUUGUCUUUUUUUUCUUAUUGAUUGACUGCGUUCACAAUUAUUAAUCACAUUUAUUGAAAUUCAA